AACGAACUCUGUGGGAUAUUUGUCGACCUUUACAGUUAUGGAGCCAAAAUCCGUGCCCCACACGCCCUGGUGAUGACUUUCCUGUUCAAGAGUGGGAGUUUCAGGGAGAAGCUGAAGUCCAUUGCCCAGGCCACGUACGCCCACUCCCGGAACCUGGCUUAUUUUGUGUUCACCUACAAAGGGCUCCUGGCAGCCCAGUCCCAGCUGCAGGGGAAAAAAAUCCCAUUCCAUUCCUUCCUUGCAGCCUGCAUUGGGGGCUGGCUGGUGUUUGGUGACAACAAUCCCAUCAACAGCCAGAUCAUCAUGUACCUGCUGUCCCGCAUCCUGUUCGGGCUGUCCCGGCUGGCUGUGCAGAAGGGCUUCAUCCCCCAGCCCAGGCAGGAUCCCUUCCCUCUGCUGGCUGCCCUGGUGUGGGGGACAGUCCUGUGGCUCUUUGAGUACCACAGGGACACUCUGCAGCCCUCCCUGCAGUCCUCCAUGACCUACCUGUACGAGGACAGUGAGGUGUGGCACGACGUGUCUGACUUCCUCAUCUACAACAAAAGGACACACAGCAAGUAGGUGCUUCCCUCUAAACCACCUUGGAAUGGGAUGGGACCUCCCAGCAGCUGGGAGGAAAAGGUUAUUCUGUUGCUUUUGACCUGUGGUUUUUUAAAAUUAACAUCUGUCAAGCAGAGUUGGCUCUUAUCUCCAAGCCUGAAUGUUCUGAGCAGUUUUUUGGCUCCUUUUAGAGCAAGCUCAACCCCCACAGAAACUUGUUGCAGUCUGGUUUUAAGAGGCCUCAUUUUCCCUACAAGUGUGGCAUUGGGGUUUGUUCUUUAAAAACUAAAUAUAUUUAUAAAAUGACAGCCUGACACUAAGUGGAGAGUGUGAAACCAUGUUCUAGGGCUCAUCUGAAUGUGUACAAGUGUUUUUUUCUGUGCUGGUGGGAUUGAGGGUGAAGGGAGUGUGGGACUUGCUGAGCUCUGAAAGCAGGGCCAUCAUUUCUUCAUUGCUGUGGAUGGCUGAGAAUCCUGUUUAAACUAUUAUAAGGACAGUUAUGUGCUCCUUGAGAGAGUUCCUGUGCAGUUUUCCCUCAGGGAGACAAUAAAAUGUGUGAGAAUUGAACUGUUAGGAUUGUCUUGUACCAGCCUGGUAAAUCAGGCUUGCAAAGACUAUUUUUGCUUGGUUCCUUUCCUGCACUUGGGCUGAAUCUGUGCCUCUAUGAAAUGCACUAAUGAAUACCCUGUAAUUAUUUUAAACUU